AUGCAGGCUGCGAAAGCCACGGAGAAAGUAGGGUUUCGCAAGCUUCGAGGCGCAUGCGACCUUGCUUCUAGCCAGGCGCUCGAAUAUAUUUGGAUUGAUACGUGUUGUAUCGACAAAAGUAGUAGUGCUGAGUUGUCCGAAGCGAUAAACUCUAUGUUCUCUUGGUAUGCAAAUGCUAAGACAUGCUAUGCCUUUCUCGCGGACGUCGAUCAUGAUAGGUCUCGGAAAGGUCAAGUUGGUCUUGAUGAAUUUGGUUCAGCUAGAUGGUUCCAAAGAGGCUGGACUCUGCAAGAGCUGAUUGCUCCCCAAGAUAUUUCAUUCUAUGAUCGCAAUUGGCAGGAAAUCGGCGAUAAGACCAGCUUGCGCGGAAGGAUCUCAAGAAUCACGGGUAUUGAUGAGAGUGUCCUGAAAAAAGACGUAAGCCACCAAAUUAUCAGCGUAGCCAAAAGAAUGUCUUGGGCAUCUAGGAGAGUCACGACGAGACCCGAAGACAUUGCAUACUGUUUAAUGGGACUUUUCAACGUCAAUAUGCCCUUGAUCUACGGAGAGGGUUCAAAAGCAUUCACAAGACUACAAGAAGAGAUCAUUAAAUACUCGACUGAUCAGUCUCUGUUCGCUUGGACGCACCAACAGGAUGACUCCAAGCGCCAAUGCGGACUGCUUGCCCCAUCUCCAUCUGAAUUUGUCCACUCGAGCCAGGUCAUUUCGCACAAUGAUCCUGGGUUCACAGAGCCUUAUUCGGUCAGUAAUAUGGGCUUACAUAUUCGACUCCUACUUCUCAAGGACGGCGAUCUCUUCAAGGCCGGUCUUGAUUGCUUGUCGCCACGCUAUGUCGGUGGAUCAGGGUUCCAUGAAAUCGUAGGUGUCUAUCUGAAGUUGUUCAAGGGCGAACAGUACGUCAGAGUCAUGUCAGAUGUACUUUGCACCAUCGAUUCUCACGAAAGGGAAAAUUCGUUCAAAACAAUUUACGUCUGCAACGAAAUGCCCGACCGAGAAAGACAUGAUAUAUACCUCGAGCGGGUCAUCGAAUUCCGAGGCAUUGCUCGGAACGAGACAAGUUGUAAAGUCUAUGCGGUUCUCGCAUGCGCCCCCGAUAAAUCAAUGCAAUUUGAACAGGUACGAUAUCACACAACAUCGCAGCAGCUUUGGAGUAAUUAUCAGGAGCAACUUGUUUAUUUGCGAUUGAACACCUCUCACCGCUAUGCUGGCGGCGCUAUUGUCCUUCCUAUGAGUGGCCGCGCUAUAGCUGUCUUAUUAGGCAUGACGGAGAAGGGUGAAUUAGGCUUUCAAUCGGUUUCUUUGUCCCAACACAUGACAUUGGAGCAAGCAAGAAUUGCCUUUAACCCAGUACCUGUGGGACAGAGUGUGAGUCUCAAGCCAGACUACCCUAUCCUUGUAGAGGUCAACGCACAUGAGAGGAUACAUCAGAUGACCAUGAUCUACAAUGUACGAAUUUCUUUUACAAAAAUCGAGACGAUGUCAGGAGAUAAUGUGCGGAACACGAAAAUUUACCAUGACUCUUCAUCCGGGCACGCUACAUCCCAACAAAACUCUGGAAGAAGUAUUUUCAAGCUGUUCAGAAGGUCCAAACCGAAAGAAUGGGCCAAUGAAACGGCAAACUGA